AUGAAAUCCGUUCGCUCUGUACGCGUGCCCGCCGCCACUAGACUGGUGAGUGGCACCAGCAGUGCCAGAUCCUCGGUCGCAGCAGGAGCCCCAGGUACUCUGUGGCAACAACAGCAACAAUCAUCCUCUCCACGCCCAACAACACCCCGCAAGUCCCCUCUUGCAAAGCUACCUUUAUCCUCAGUACUUCGAUCACUGAUGAUCCUCUCUGUUUCAUCCUCACCUAUUCUCCUCAAACCAUGCAUUUACACUCUUUCGCUCUUGGCGAACCCGCGUUCUGCUCUAUGGGACGUCUCCAAGAACCCGCUUCUGAAUAUCCUUAUUAAAAACACUAUUUACAAGCAGUUCAACGCGGGCGAGAACAAGACUGAGGUCCAGCAGUCUAUUCAGGGAAUUAAGGAUCUGGGAUGCAAGGGUGUGUUGCUGGGUUAUGCGCGUGAGGUUUUAGCUGGUGAGGAUGAUGGAAAGCCUUACGAUGCUAAGGCUUGUGCGGCUGAGAUCCAGACAUGGUUGGAUGGUACUCUGCGCACUGUUGAUAUGGCGCAAGAAGGAGACUUUGUUGCCCUCAAAUUCACUGGAAUGGGUACCGAUGCUCACCACCUGCUCAAGAGCCAGUCACCACCAUCUGAAUUCAUCGACACUGGCAUCUUGAAGAUCUGCGACCUCGCUAUUUCUCGCGGUGUGCGUCUGCUCGUCGACGCCGAGGAACAGGCCGUGCAGCACGGCAUCGAGGAGUGGAUCAUGAAGUACCAGAAAUACUGCAACUCAAAGGGUAAGGGCGCCACCUUCUACGGCACAUACCAAGCAUACCUUCGCUCGACCCCGGCAACACUAGCCAAACACCUCGAGAUGUCCCGUCGCGACGGCUAUACUCUCGGCGUUAAGCUGGUCCGUGGCGCAUACAUGAAGACCGAGCCGCGCCAGCUGAUCUGGGCCGAGAAGGAGGAUACAGACAAGUGCUACGAUGAGGUUGUCGAGGCUCUCUUGACCCGCAAGUACAACACUAUGCUGCAGCCUGUCACCAAGGGGGAGACCGAACUCCCUCCCGUUAAUGUUAUCAUCGCUACUCACAAUCGCGAGUCUGUGCAGAAGGCUCAUGUCAUCCGUGUGCAGCAGGCUGCGCGGGGUGAGGACUUCGGUGUUGACCUUAGCUAUGCUCAGCUGCAGGGUAUGGCUGAUGAAGUCAGCCUUGAGUUGCUUGAGGGUUUCGAUGAUGCUGAGGCUAGCGUUGGCGUUGCUGCUUCGCCCCAGUCAGCUGCUAAUGUUUACAAGCUCCUUACUUGGGGCUCUGUUAAGGAGUGCAUGGGCUUCUUGCUCCGUCGUGCUGUUGAGAACACUGAGGCUGUGGGCCGGACUAAGGACUCGCAGAUUGCUAUGUUUGGUGAGCUGAAGCGUCGCUGCCGCAGCGCCUUUGGUGGUAACUAA